UGUGUAUGUUCGCGCCGCAUACCAUCUUUUACAGAGUCAACAGCCAUGGCGUAGCUCUCAAUCACCCCCCUCAGCAAUGGUAACCUCUGCUACCGAGACUGUUGACGAAUUUUAGCAGUGUGAAAUCGAAAGCUCAUUCAACUUUGGCUGCUGCUCAUUAAUAGUAAGAAUUUUCUGCUUAGAGUAGUGGUUGAUCAUUGAAGCCUACGUCUCUCUGUAUAUGCUGUUGACCUUAUUUACUCCCAUGCUUGUUCAUCGUUGCCAAUGAGUCGAUUCCAUCCCAAUCGUGAAAGAAACCUAAUAUUGGAUAAGAAGAGAAAAAAAGCCCUAGAUAUUGGCGAAUUUUUGAAUUUCCUUGGGGUUAUGUGUUGGAUCUGUUGAUUUUUUAAUUUUGAAGCUGUUUCUUUCAAUCCGGGAAGAUGGAGGAGAUUGACUCGGCAGAGAAGCGACUCAAUGAGCUCGGAUACAAGCAGGAGCUCAGACGAGAAAUGACCUUGUUUAAGACGGUGGCGAUUUCAUUUUCGACAAUGACGCUCUUCACCGGGAUCACUCCCCUGUACGGCUCGAGCUUGCUCUAUGCCGGCCCUGCUGCUCUCGUUUGGGGCUGGGUUAUCGUCUCCUUCUUCACCUGGUUUGUGGGACUCGCCAUGGCCGAAAUCUGCUCUUCCUUCCCGACAACGGGGUCGCUGUACUUUUGGGCGGCGCAUUUAGCCGGGCCGAGAUGGGGGCCGUUUGCGUCUUGGUGCUGCGCUUGGCUGGAGACGAUAGGACUGGUCGCCGGCAUUGGGACGCAGGCCUAUGCAGGAUCGCAGACGUUGCAGAGCAUCAUUCUGCUCUGCACCGGCACCAACAAAGGCGGAGGAUAUUUUGCGCCGAGAUGGCUGUUCUUAUGCAUGUACGCGGGUCUCACCGUCGUGUGGGCAGUUCUAAACACCUUCGCAUUAGAAGUCAUCGCGUUCAUCGACAUAAUUUCGAUAUGGUGGCAGGUGAUCGGGGGCAUGGUGCUCGUCAUCUUGCUUCCUCUAGUGUCCCUUACGACGCAGCCUGCUUCUUACGUUUUUGCUUCAUUUGAAAUGGCGCCGGAGUCGACAGGGAUAUCGAGCAAAGCGUAUGCAGCUGUGCUCGCUCUUCUCGUCAGCCAAUAUUCUCUUUAUGGAUACGACGCUGCUGCGCAUUUGACUGAGGAAACGAAAGGCGCUGAUAAGAAUGGCCCGAUUGCGAUUCUUUCCAGCAUUGCGAUCAUUUCCGUGUUCGGAUGGGCGUACAUUUUGGCGCUUACUUUCAGCAUUCAAGAUCCUGCGUAUUUGUUCGACAAAUCCAACGAAACGGCAGGGGCAUUUGUGCCUGCACAGAUACUCUACGACGCGUUCCACGGUCGAUAUCACAAUUCCACCGGCGCGAUAAUAUUGCUGUUUAUCAUCUGGGGUUCUUUCUUCUUCGGCGGGCUCUCCAUCACCACCAGCGCAGCUCGAGUGGUUUAUGCAUUGUCGAGAGACAAAGGAAUACCGUUUUCGUCGGUGUGGAGGCAAAUCCACCCGAAGCACAAGGUGCCUUCGAACGCCGUUUGGCUGUGCGCGGCGAUCUGCAUUGUUAUGGGGCUCCCGAUCCUGAAGGUUAACGUCGUUUUCACUGCCAUAACGUCCAUAUGCACGAUCGGAUGGGUUGGAGGCUACGCCGUCCCGAUAUUUGCCCGGCUUGUAAUGGCCGAGGAGAAUUUCAAUGCCGGGCCAUUCUACUUGGGCAGAGCCCGACGGCCAGUAUGUUUCGUGGCCUUUAUGUGGAUUUGUUACACGUGCUCGGUAUUUCUCCUCCCGACGUUCUACCCCAUCAGCUGGGAUACGUUCAACUAUGCCCCGGUGGCGUUGGGCGUCGGGUUGGGGUUGAUAAUGCUUUGGUGGAUCAUCGAUGCUCGGAAAUGGUUCAAAGGCCCCGUUAGGAACAUCGACGAUCCUAACGGGAAGGUUUGAGCAAAAGGAAAAAUUAAUUUUACAUUUUGACCUCUUUGUUAGUGCGAUGAAGAUGCUAAAAAAAUUAGUUUGUCGAAAUGGAUUCUCCGACCUACUUAAGAAAAUGUUUUGGAUUUGGUCUUGUAAAUAGGAAAUCAAUCGCGUAAAUUCUCCCUCUAUUCGGAAAAUUAAGUAGAUUUGGUUGGACACUAAAGUUAGAAAGAUGAUAUUUUAAUGUUAAAGGGGAGUAGAUAAAAAGUUUAAGCAGAAGAAUAUUAUACUCCGUCCCAGAAGACUUGUCUUGUUUUUCCAUUUCCGUCUGUUCCAAAAC